AGCGAAGGGUAGGGGAAAAACAUGGCUGCGGAGGACGUCGCACGUGCUGUGGUCCGUGCGGAGUCAACAGAAGAGAUCCCCGAGAUAGAAGCAGGAGGACGACCCGUCGAUAAAUCCAUCAACGCCUCUCCAACGCUCCCUCGCUCGCUUCUUCGUCUCUCCCUCAGCCCGUGGCGCGAUGGUCGGAGGCCUGAAUCCAAAACCGUAGGGCACCACUGCCUCCCUUUCCUUCCCAAGAAGCCGGCUUCAAACCCUAGGAGGCCCGCGGUGGAGGACAGGAGUCGCCCGGCGGCGGCGGUGGAAGGAGGGUCGCAGAGGGGGGGAUCGUCGGUGGUGGGGGGCUUGUGGACAGGGCUGAGGUAUCUCGCUGGGGUCGCUGGGGGGUGGCGGGAGAAGUGGAUGGUUAUGGGAACCGCGGGUUCCAAGCUCGAGAAGGCUCUUGGAGACCAGUUCCCCGAAGGGGAGCGGUACUUCGGCCUAGAGAACUUCGGCAACACUUGUUACUGUAACAGCGUUUUGCAGGCAUUAUAUUUUUGUGUUCCAUUCAGGGAGCAAUUACUGGAGUAUUAUGCAAAUAACAAGAACCUAGGAGAGACAGAUGAGAACCUUUUGAUAUGCUUGGCAGAUUUGUUCACUCAGAUAAGUUCCCAAAAGAAAAAAACUGGUGUUAUUUCUCCAAAGCGUUUUGUGCAGAGAGUGAAGAAACAGAACGAGUAUUUCCGUGGUUACAUGCACCAGGAUGCACAUGAGUUUUUAAAUUUCUUGCUAAACGAGCUUGUUGAAAUUCUUGAGAAAGAGUCUAGUGCUGCAAAAGGCUCCCCUGGAACCUCAUCACCAUCAGAAAAGAUUACUAAUGCAACAUGCCACCCCCUAGCAAAUGGUGUCUAUAAAGAGCCACUUGUUACAUGGGUCCAUACGAGUUUUCAGGGUAUACUGACCAAUGAAACUAGAUGCUUACAGUGUGAAACAGUCACUGCAAGGGAUGAAACUUUUUUUGACUUAAGCCUAGACAUUGAGCCGAAUAGUUCUAUCACUAGCUGCCUCAAAAACUUCAGUUCAACAGAGACUUUAAAUGCUGAAGACAAGUUCUUCUGUGACAAGUGCUGCAGUUUGCAGGAAGCCCAGAAGAGGAUGAAGAUCAAGAAGCCUCCACAUGUCCUGGUGAUCCAUCUCAAGCGCUUCAAGUAUAUUGAGCAGCUUGGCCGAAACAAGAAACUAUCAUACCGGGUUGUGUUUCCCAUGGAAUUGAAGCUUAACAACACGGUUGAUGAUGCAGACUCCGAGUACUCCCUCUUUGCGGUUGUGGUCCAUGUUGGAAGUGGUACGAACCAUGGGCACUAUGUCAGCCUCGUUAAAAGCCAUAACCACUGGUUGUUCUUUGAUGAUGAACAUGUGGAGAUGAUAGAUGAGUCCACUGUGCAGACAUUCUUUGGGUCUGCACAGGAGUCUGCAGGGAACACGGAUCAUGGGUACAUCUUAUUUUAUGAAAGCCUUGAUGGAAGAAGUUGAGAGAGUGGUUUUCUUCGGAUGAAGUUAUUUGCCCUGGCCCUUAUUACCUCCAUUAUUUUCCCCUCCGUGGAACAAGUAGUUCUUGGACGUUUGUGAGAUUAGUUCUGAAAUAUGCGAUUUUUGGGUGGUUGCAGUGUACAGUGGAUAGUGGAAGUGCACUCUGUUUCUUCAACAAUAAAAUAGGAGUGUACGUGGGUGGUGAAAAGUUUUUGAGAGGCUCUUAACAUAUUCUUCACUGUUAAAUAGUUGUAUAUAGAAAGUGCGAUCUUCACCCAGAAAGUAUUUCAUGUGAGCUGUAGGACUUUUUCUUGAGCUCUCAUACCUUUGAAUGUGCAUGUGAGGGAGUUUGGAUCUUCCAAGCUUUAUAUGCAUUGCAGUUUUGUUUAUCAAAUUUUGGCAAAUGGAGAAAAUCGAGAUGGAAAAUUAACCUGCAGGUAAUCAUGGAUGUAAUUAAAUGGAGUCACUUGGAUUAACUUUUAAAAUUUUUGUAGGAUUCUGUUAUGUGACAAUUGGUACUUUAUUUCAUUUGCUUUGUUAUUUUAUUCUCUUUAGUACCUCAUGGUUCCAAAUUUAUGAGUCUGAGAUAGAGUAGGGUCAUCAGUAUAUGCUCCAUUAACAUGUAGUAGAACUGCCAGAUGUUUCCAUAUUCUGUCAAAGUGUUUUCAAUAAAACUAGGAGUGGUGGAGAGAAAUUUAUUUGACUCAUUUACAGAAA